AUGUUUGCAUCACUUUCUUCUCUUCGUAUCAUCAUCUCAAAUACAACUCUCUAUGUCUUUUUCUUGCUUUCUCCUCUUCCUGCUAACAUCUUAGCCAUGGUAAUAUUUUUCUUUUCCUUGCUUUCUCCUCUUCCUGCUAACAUCUUAGCCAUGGCAAUAUUUUUCUUUUCUUUGCUUUCUCCUCUUCCUGCUAACAUCUUAGCCAUAGUCAUAUUUCUCUUUUCCUUGCUUUCUUUCUUUCCCCAUCAUCAUCUCAGCAAUAAUCUUUUUAUUUCUUGCUUUCUUUUUUCUCAACAUCACAUCAGCCAUAACUAUCUUUUAUUUUAUUUUUUCCUUUCUUCUCUUCACACCAUCAUUUCAGCCAUAAUUAGCUUUCUUUUCUACACAUUCAGCUAUGACGAUCUGCUUCUCUUUCUCUCUUGUUUUGUUUUUUUCCCACUAUUAUCUCAAGCAUGA